UGCUGCGGUGCAGACCUCGUUCGGGAUUUAAGCGCAUGGAAACGUGAGAUACGAAAUCCGAUUCGUGACAACCUAACUAAAAGUACAAACGAGAGAUAUUCGGGAAGCCGCGAUUUGCUACAUUUGUGGUUUGGCAGCGUCUUUUGUUUUCGGAUUCGGUUUUUUCGGCUGCCCGCGGCUAAACUUGAAAUUAAGCUGACUCAGCAAAGCCAGAUACAAGAUACAUAUGCAGAUGCGAGCUCAGUGCUGAGCUGCAGAUAGACAACAGUGAAAUGAGAUAAGAGUGGCCAGAUACACGUCGAAAAACUUUAUUUAUAUUGUCCUGGAUUAAAUAUAUCUAAAGACAUCUCGAUUGUGGCCGUCAACAUGUCGUGCUAAGCUGCGACUGCUCCAGCUCAACCCAGAUCGCAAAUCAGACCCACGAACCAAAGAUGCUGGACAAGACUACCAGCUCAUCCGUGUCGGUGUCCACCUCCUGCUGCAGUUCAAAUGCCACCAAUGCGGACCUAGACUACGAUGUGCCUGUCUCCCGCCGCAUCCUCAUAAAAUCGAAACUUUACGCCAAGGCCAUUUACGAUAAUUAUGCGGACACGUCGGACGAGCUGCCCUUCAAGAAGGGCGACAUCCUCACCGUUCUUGAGCAGGACACGGAGGGCUUCCAGGGGUGGUGGCUCUGCUCCCUACGCAACCGACAGGGUCUUUGCCCGGGCAACCGGUUGCGCGUCUUGAACUCGUACGACUCGGGAUGCUUCUCUCCCUCGCCGGCCAGCUCUCCAAUUCCGUCCCUGGCGGCCAGCACGGCCACGCUGAACAGCUCCAUCUGCUCGGCGGAGAUAUACGAGAACGGUUCCAUCAUCAGCGCGGUGUCGUCCUCAAACUCCCAUUCGACAGGGGCUAGUAAUGGACUCGGAGCGGAGUCGACGUCUCGCGGCUCGAGGAGAUCGUGGCACGCCUCGCCGACAAAGGUAAUCACGCCGCAGAGACACGGUGAUGUCUACAUCUACAAUUACUCGCCUGGAUCAGCGACAGGAUCUGGAGCAAGAGCCGCGCCCAGCACGCCGCAGCAGCAGAUCUAUAGCAACCAAAGCAUCUACCAGAACUUUGCAAUGAUGUCCAGUCCCCGCCAGAACGGAAAUGGCAGCGAGUUCGAGACCUAUGACAUACCCAAGCCGGCCACGCCCGUGCCGCUGAACUACGACAGUCCCAGAAGCGGUUUUCCCAAGGCUUCUAGCUCCACAACGACCUCCAGCUCCAGUCUAGGCGCCCGGUUCGAGACACUCAAAAGCGUGGCCGCCUCCAUCGCGGAGGAGUCCUACGAUGUACCACGACCCCUGAUCUUAGGCAGCAUCCAUCUCCAGCAGCAAAUGUCACAGAUGACGCCCAGCAGCUCCGCCUCCUCACUGCUGACCAGCGACAGCCUUUCCCUGAGUUUAUCCAGCUCAAACCGUUCCUCACUGGCCAACAUGCCGGACUACGAUAUCCCUCGCCGAAAUCCGCUUCCUGUGCGUCGCCAACAAAGUGGGCUGACCUACGACUUUCCGCUGCCUCCGCUGCAGGAGCAGGACAACCGAGUGCUGUCUACACCCGCCGUCACUACUACCAAAGAACUGCCUCUAGAGCUCUCCUCCGCACUAGAAACACUCGCAAAGCUGCAACAGCAGACUACUGCCGCCAUAACCCGAUUGCUGAGUUUCGUAGUGCCCAACUGGCGCACCCGCGCUCAACUCGAGCCGGCCAUCAUGGAGCUGAAACUGGCCGCCCUGCGCCUGCGCACCACACUCCACGACCUGGCAGAGUUCGGGGAGGGAGCCCUGGGAAACGCUACGCGUUCGGAGGACCGAAACCUGGCCCUCAAGCUGCGGCCCUUGGUGCGGGCUUUGCGGGAUGCCAACAAGCUUAUUCACGACUCCUCCGAAUCCCUCGAUGCCCAGGGCGCCUGGUCCGUAGAUCAGCUGGCCAGAAGUGACGAGAAGCACGGCUGUCGUCCACCGGACGCACUGGACCAACUGAUGGUUUGUGCCCAGACGCUCACCGAGGAUGUGCGCUCCACCACCAGUUUCAUCCAGGGCAACGCCUCGCUUCUUUUUAAGCGGCAGCUGACCGCGGGUCAGAACGGAGGAUCAGGAACUGGAGCAUUCGAGGGCAGUCGGGGCAGCGCGGAAUGGCUGGAGGACUACGACUACGUGGCCUUUGAGUCCAAGGAUGCAGCUGCCAGAAAAAACGAGGCUUUGCGUGAGGCUAUUUCCGCUGACCUGAAGACGCAGUUCGAUACGGUUAUCCGGACUGCUGAGAGUUCGGCCAUGGGCGCUGGUUCUGGAUCGAUUCCAACCACGCCCACUGCGCGCACGACACCUACGACGCCCUGCAAGUCGCCAGAGAUGACCGACAAGGACAAGAAGCUGGUGCGCUACUACGCCCAACAGAUCUCUACCCAUAUGGGCAACUUGAUGCAGGCCAUUGAUUCCUUCCUGGAGACAGUGGAGAAGAACCAACCGCCCAAGUUCUUCAUUGCAUAUGGAAAGUUUGUGGUAGUAAGCGCCCACAACCUGGUAACCAUAGGCGACAACGUUUAUCGUAACAUUUCAAAGGAGGCGCUGCGGGAGAAAAUCCUGCGAUGCACCAACGCCCUCUCCGAAGCCCUUAAAACCUGCGUCUUGAAGUCGAAGAAGGCGGCAGCCCACUUCCCCAGUGGUAGUGCAGUCCAGGAGAUGGUCGAUUCGGUGGUGCACAUCAACAACUUGGCCCGGGAACUCAAGGCGGUCAUGCUGCAGGCAGUUCAUCUGUCGACGGCGGCGGGAGUGGGAGCAUGAAUGGAUUUCUGCCAACCAGUAUUAGCUGAGAGGCGUGAAGCCAGGUCUUCCAGCAUCGUCCGCGCUUUGGUAGAUGUAGGAUAUGCACGUGUAUCUGACAUCGGCAUAUCCUGACCCAAUUGCCGCUUAUAUUUUGCAUUGUGAUAUUUUGAGCAAAACAUCUGAAAAUGCACAGCACCAUAGCCACAUGGCCCGAUCGCGCCAUCCCCGCCAGAACCCUGGUUCAGGCUAGCCUAAGUUCCGAUACUGUACAUAGUAAGCUCCCCUGGCCCAUAACGAUGUAAAUUAGCAUAUUCCCAAGCCCCCGCCAUGUCCACUAGCAAUGUUGUAUCAGUGAAGCAUUUCAGCAUAGUUUUGUAUACUCUAGAGCAUAAACUUAGCCGUACCACCACAUAACCAUCUGCAUAGGUUAAGCACGCAUUAUUAUACUUGCAUAGUCAGAAUCUAAAAGAUUUACACUCAAUAUUUUGAAUUGCGCCACGGCAGCUACAGUCAGCGAUAUACAAGCAUACACACAUAAAUCGUAAACAACCAAGAAAUCAGUAUGUAAUAUGAACAAUAAACUAAAGACUUCGAAUAAACUAAAAAUAAAAAAUAUAAUAUAUCAAAA